UCGUCUUGCGCAUGCCAGAGCCGGACAAGGAAAGGAAAUUUUCCGAAAAAUCAAGAAAACGCAAUGCAGCGGCGAACAAACCGACCCCAUGUUAGCAGCCUCUGCGGUAAAUUGACCGACUCACCCCUACGGUUAUCCACUUAACGGCCCAUCAUAUCCGGGGUCAAAGUAGGAAAUAGGACACUGCAGUGAGGCCCCAAUCUUCGUAGCUAAAAAGGUUUACCGACAUAACGAGUACGAGUACUUUAUCUUUCCCAUUGAGAGCGGCGGGGCUCCUAAAAAAUCAGCCGACAAAUGGAAGCGACAGAGGAAGUAGGAGGGCUUUUAGGUAAAAUAAUGCCACCCAGGCUGGAAGACGCCGGCCUCGAAGACUGUGCAUUGCCACCCGAAUCCAUCAAGGAAGCCUUUCUAAAAGCCGCCACCGCCGUCCGGUCAAUCGUCUCUGCCUCAUCCGACGACGAAGGAGCGGAGGGACGUUGCGUGAACGAUCCGUGGCCAAAAGUUGAAGGUUCUUCCGACGAACUCGUUGGGAUUUCAGGCGGUGUUGAUGAUGUUCCCGGAGGCUGCCAGACCGAGAAGGGCGGCGGUUUGCCGGAUGUGGCCGGUGAUGAGGUUUCUGUGCAAGAUGCGGAGGAGAAAGUGGAUGAGGUGGUAGUUGGCGGGCCCGCUUUGCCCGAGGGUGGAGGAGCUUGUAUUGAUGGUUUGCGGGGGUUGGAAAUUAGAGGGAAGAGUAGGGGUAAAAUUGGAAAGAAAUUGAGGGAUGGUGAGGCUGAUAACGUAGAUGACGAUAGCGAGGAGGAAAAACCUAUUUUAGCUGAAGGUCAUGUGUAACCAGCCUUGGUUUGGGUCGAAACUUCGUGUUAGAUGUCAUGUUAUUUUCUCUUUUUUCUUAUUUACUUGUAUUAGGCCAAGUUAUGUACCACUAUCAUUUUCGAGUUUGCCAUUGCAGGAAUGUGGAUUAAGUUCAACGUAAUA